AUGCAACACACUGACAGGCCGGCUUCCCUCACUCUCUCCUCUCUGUAACAAGUCACGUUUUCAGUCAGAAGGCCCUGCGCCAUGGCAGAUCAGCUAAGCCCAGAUGAAAAGUUACACCUCAUCACGAGGAACCUCCAGGAGGUCCUUGGAGAGGAGAAGCUGAAGCAGGUUCUUCAGGAGAGGGAGCUGAAGGUGUACUGGGGCACAGCAACCACUGGAAAACCCCACGUUGCUUACUUUGUCCCCAUGUCCAAGAUUGCAGACUUCCUCAAGGCCGGAUGUGAGGUCACUAUUCUGUUCGCAGACUUGCACGCUUACCUAGACAACAUGAAGGCUCCCUGGGAGCUGCUGGAGCUCAGGGUGAAGUACUAUGAACAGGUCAUCAAGGCCAUGUUGGAGAGCCUCGGUGUCCCGCUGGAUAAGCUCAAGUUUGUCAAAGGAACAGAUUACCAGCUCAGCAGAGAGUACACUCUGGAUGUGUACCGCCUGUCCUCCAUGGUGACAGAACACGACGCCAAGAAGGCUGGAGCUGAGGUGGUCAAACAGGUGGAGCAUCCUCUGCUGAGUGGUCUGCUGUACCCUGGACUACAGGCCCUGGAUGAGGAGUACCUGAAGGUGGACGCUCAGUUUGGAGGAGUUGACCAGAGAAAGAUUUUCACUCUGGCAGAGAAGUACCUGCCCUCUCUUGGCUAUGCUAAGCGCGCCCAUCUAAUGAACCCAAUGGUACCAGGACUGACAGGUGCCAAGAUGAGCUCCUCAGAAGAAGAGUCAAAGAUCGAUCUACUGGACUCAAAAGCAGACGUGAAGAAGAAGCUGAAGAAGGCUUUCUGUGAGCCGGGCAACAUCCAGAACAACGGAGUCCUCUCCUUUGUCAAAUAUGUCCUCUUCCCUCUACGCGGAGAUUUCUCCAUCAAAAGAGACCCCAAGUGGGGAGGAGACAAAAUCUACUCUGUGUUUGAAGAGGUGGAGAAGGACUUCGCUGAGGAGCUGAUUCACCCAGGAGACCUGAAGGCCUCAGUGGAAGAAGCACUCAACCAACUGCUGGAUCCAAUCAGAAAGAAGUUUGAGACACCUGAGCUCCGCAAACUCACCAACUCUGCCUACCCCGACCCCUCAAAGACAAAAGGAGCAGGAAAGGGUGCCAAGGCUGGAGGAGGAGGAGGAACACAGGAUGAUGAGCUGGCACCCUCCAGACUGGACAUCCGGGUGGGCAAGAUCGUCAGUGUGGGGAAGCAUCCAGACGCCGAUUCUCUGUACCUGGAGAAGAUUGACGUAGGAGAGGCAGAGCCGAGGACGGUAGUCAGCGGACUGGUGGCCUAUAUCUCACAGGAGGACUUGCAGGACAGAAAUGUGCUGGUGCUGUGCAAUCUGAAACCCCAGAAGAUGCGUGGGAUUGAAUCUCAAGCAAUGCUGCUAUGUGCCUCUAUUGAAGGGGAGCCCAGGAGGGUGGAGCCUCUCGAUCCUCCGGAGGGGUCAUCGCCAGGGGAUCGGGUCUUUGUGGAGGGGUAUGAGGCAGGCAAAGCAGAUGACAGACUCAACCCAAAGAAGAAGGUGUGGGAGAAACUACAGGUCGACCUGAAGAUAUCAGACGAGUGUGUAGCUCAGUGGCAAGACAAGCAGCUGAUGACCAAACUAGGACAGAUCACAUGUAAGACACUGAAAGGAGGCAACAUCAGUUAAAUACUCAGACAUGACCCUCACCACUGACGUUGCUCCUGCGGGCCACAUCACAACAACAAUACUUUCAUCAACAAGUUGCCAUGGCAAUGACUGUCAAACUUCAUCGGGAUGUUUCUUGGAAGAUGACGGGACAUUACUGCAGAAAGUCUCAGAUGCUUUGGACUGACUUAGACAAAUUGGUUUAUCUGGUUUUGACGUUAUUAGGAAAAAAGUGCAUAAUUCCUAAAAUCAAGAGCCACUCACAACAAAGAUAUCAAUAUUGAAACUGUACUUGCAAAGAGACAUGUGACCCACUAUGAUUCAUUACUGUUGUUUAUUUACCAGGCAUAGUACUGUGCUAUUAACACACUUAACUCUACCAAUGUCUGCAUUCUUAAAUGUUGCUGUACUGGUUGACACAUUCCUGGAAGUAGCUGAUAAGGAAUAUCUCAGGUGUCUAAGAAGGGAAUGAAUGUUUCAGUACUCUUCCUGGUUAAAAUGACACUGUGUUGUUUGCCUUUAUGGUAAAUGUCAGUAGCCACUGUGCCAAAUUCCACUAAUAACAAUGGUUUCCAGGACAGACAUCUGAUGUGUAUAAAAAUCAACAAGCCUUGUACUAUAGGACAGUUGCAUUGGGUAGUGUUGUACAGAAAUCAAUAUUCAGACAUUAACUGUCUUCAUCAAAUAAUGCAUCAUCUCUAAUAUGAAAUAAACGCUGGAUAAAGUC